AUGCGCGUUUAUGUGUGCGUCAAAUAUUGCAACGGAAAUUUGUUCAUGUACUUUUGUUAAUGUAUUAAAUUGGUACAAAUGUAACAUAUUUGUUUUGUAAACUUCCGUUUUAAUUUUUGUUAUCAACAAAAUCUUAAAAGGAUGAAUUUAACUUAUCGAAUUUUAUUUUUUGUUUUAUUAUUACAUGAAACUUACGGUGUGAUAUAUUACUUAAAUGCAAGUGAAUAUGACCGCAUGCCACCGCUAUACAAACUAGAUGAUUAUGACUCUUGUCUUCAAAAACCUAGUGACGUGUACUGUUUAUUGAAUUUCCAAUUGGUGUCGGAUGAGCCGAAUGAACUCCUCCGCAUUAUUGAGGAAUAUUCAGAAUAUGCACAGUCACAUUACAAUCACACAAAUCUGAGACAUGGUGUGUGUGCGACGAAAAAAUGCCAAAGUUACAUAGAUAAUAAGGCAUCUGUCUCAGACCAAACCCUUGAGGGAUGCCUCAAUCAAACUUUUUGGAAUGAAUACCAAUUAAAAACAAAAAUAGAACACUAUUCCUGCCACAAUUUAUCCGAUAAACAUGUCGAGAUAGAUGGCGCUGAUAUCUUAACAGGAUUUAUAAUAUUAGGCGUUAUAUUGUUAAAUGUAAUCGGAAGCCUAUACGAUAUCUACGAUACGAAUAAAGAUAAAGGUAUGUUUACAUCUUUUCUUUUAUCAUUCUCAAUACAACGCAAUUGGAAAAGUCUAACAUCAACGAGACGCUUUUCGGAUCCGCGUUUGCAAAGACUUAAAAGUUUGAACGGGGUGAGGUGUGUUUCGGCAUAUGGAGUGAUAAUAGUUCAUUGUUUAUUCCCGUACCUUAUCGCUGUUGGAAACGUACAUGACUUGGAAUUGUCAUACUCCAAACCAUCUCUACAUGUAUUAUUUAAUGCAACACUUAUGAUUCAAAUCUUCUUUAUUAUUUCUGGAUUCUUUCUGGCUUAUAAAAUUGAAAUAAGUGAAGGGAAACCGUUGAACUGGAGAAUGAUUCCUAAAGGAAUAUUCAUCAGAUAUGUCAGAUUAACGCCAGUAUAUGCUUUGAUUAUACUUCUGACGGCAACAUGGUUUAAAUUUCUAGGACCUGCACCGCUAUGGGAGGUUACAGGAAACAUCAUGAUAUCAGAUUGUAGAAAACGUUGGUGGUUAAAUCUUCUAUAUAUGAACAACUACGUGUACAACGCCCAGUGUUUGCUGCACUCUUGGUAUCUCGCUGCAGAUAUGCAAUUAUGCUGCUUUGGCUUCUUCCUAUGCGUGCUACUCAAAAACAACAGACUGAGGUGGAAAAUAUUGACGUCUCUAUUUCUUAUUGGUAUUAUGAUGCCUGCUGUUCACACCUAUAUUCAGGAUCUCUAUCCCAUCGUCAUUAUUUGGCCAAGCGACGCCAGUUUAUUUUUUAAGACGGACCCUACUUUUAAUGAGACUUAUAAAAUGAGUCAUAGUAAUGUUGCUAGCUACGUCACAGGAAUAUCACUUGGUUACUUCGUAUACUGGUGGCAAAACAAGGAAAUAGAUACAAAGAAAUAUGCGAACUUUAGAUAUAUUUACUGGACCAUGGGUCCAUUGAUCAUUGCUUUAGUUAUGUCUGGCGCUGUUUUCUACAGACAGGCUGAGAAGGAACCCCUGUAUAUAAGAGUGAUUUACGCCGCAUUAGCUAAACCAACGAUCGCAAUAUUCGCUGCAAUACUGAUCGCUGGAAUGAUCUUUAAGUUGGAGAGUGUAUAUCGCAAAUUUUUCGAAUGUAAUAUCUGGACGAUACCAAGUCAAUUGACGUAUUGUGUAUAUUUAUUACACUACUUCUACCUUAUAAUAUACACCAAUAUGCAGACCAGUCUAAUACACCUGACGACAUUUAACAUGUUCGUUCUAUCCAUCUGCAUCACCCUCGCUUCUCUCAUAACAGCGGUUCCGCUGUUUCUACUUGUAGAAGCACCUUUUACGGGACUCACGAAACUGGUAAAAGAAUAACCAAAAAAAGACGUUAUGAUCGUCAAAGGCUGUAAGGACAAUGAAAGUGAAAUCACUAAUUUAUAAAAAGCUCAGCCGUGUGUACAUUGUAGUCCUUAUAAAGGCGCAGUGUCAUCAUUAAGUUACUUUUAUUGAUGUAGCUUUGCUUCAUUAAUAAGGUGACAUUUAAGAAGAGUGGGAUAAGCAUGAAAAAAGACAUACUAUGGAUUUUUUGAAUAACAUCUGCUGCUUGUUUUUGUGUACCAUGCAUCACAUAUUUUACUGUUAAACAUCAACGCUGUUGCUGUUCCGGUAUGAAGGGUGAGUGAGCUAAUAAGAUUAAAGGCACAAGGGAUAUUUUAGUUUAUAUAAAUAAACGUAAAGUAAAAUAAUU